AUGCCAGACGACACCGUAAACAGUCCAAAUGCGCCACCUGAGACAGCCACGGAAGUCACCAACCAGCUGACUUACAUGUCUGGAUCCCUCGGAGAUCUCCUCCGAAAGGCGCGGGCCAAAGAGACCCGCAGAGAAGCAACGCCCGGGACACUGUCACCCAAGGUGUUCUGGACAAGUGGAAGCCGCCUGAGCCUGAUCCCCCUUUCAAUUCUACCCGCGAAUCGCGACGUCAUGGCCAUCGGUGGCACCUCGCCGCACUCGUACCAGUUCGUUGGGUGGACAGAUCUCUGGAGAUAUCCGUUCCCGCAGGCCUCGGGGGAGACCAGUACCAUCGCGUUGAACGCGAUCUGCUCGACGGGGAUCUCGCUCGACACUGCGGCAUCAAUGAAGGCCUCGUUGGCAAGAGAACAUGCCCAAGAUCCGACCGACGAAGGAAGGGCGGUCAGAGUGGACACUGGGCCUUUCUACGAUGGGAAUACAUUAUUCAUUGCCACAGCCCCCUGUGUCAAUUGGGGACAGGUGUUCGAUCGCACUCUGGCUGAUUCCGACAAUAGGCCAACAUUCGAGACGGACAUCAUGUCUGCGGUGGAGAGCGGAGACCGCUUGACCAUGGUCCUCAACUCGAUUGCCCUUCCCGGCGCCAUGAAGCUCUCCCUCGACCAUCCAUACAGAGGGCAUAUCGGCACCCUUCCUGAUGACGCUGAGAGCGUGUAA